AUGUCGUCCAAGAUUUUCUCCACGGAUUCGUUUGAUGCCUCGGCCAAAGGUGCUGGUCAGAAGUAUCGGCUGUACAAGAUACGAUGGGCUCUGAUUGCGGCGUUGUUCAUCAUGAACUUGUUUUAUGGAAUGGUACUGAGUUUUCAGUAAAAAAAUUUUAUCAAAAAAAUUUUUUUUGACAAUUUUAUUUUUUUAGUUGUCAAAUGCCUUUGACAGAAUCCAGAAUGUCGCUAAUUCCUCGGAAACUUCUUUCCAAAAUAUUAAUUUUUGGUUCAAAAUAAUUUUUCCGAUAGGGUUCUUGACUGCGGCGUUGCCCUCUUCCCUCAUCAUAUCACGCCUGAGUAUUCUUCCAAGUGUGAGUACUUAUAAAGUGACCUCCACAACAUGUUUUUAGAUGUAUAUAUCCCUAUUCCUUGGUCUGAUUGGAAUUGGAAUCCGCUUCGGUGGAUUGUAUUUCCCCAGAUUCUAUGACUAUCGAUUCUCCAUUAUUCUAUUUGGUAAGUCCAUUCUUUGGUAACUCAUCUUUUUAGGUCAUACUGUAACGUCUUUAUCGCACUCGAUCUGUCUUAUUCUACCUUCCACUUUAUCCCAUUUAUGGUUUCCCUCGGGCCAGAGAACUAUGGCCACAUCUGUUCCAUUUCUCGGAUUUAUUUUGGGGAAAAUACUCUCGGUAUUGAUCUCAGGAUAUGUGGCUUCAGUUAACGAUACAACAGAACUGAUAAAUCUCGUAAGAAUAAAUUUUGUAUUGUUUAUCUUGGAGUUAAGACUUGUGCCCACGGAAUAUUCGCUUUACUGCCCGCGUUCCCAUUAUUUCUGGUCUGGAAAAGUCGGCCGAGGGUACCACCAACAAGUUCAGCGGACAGAUUUCAAUUCGAAUAUCAGAUCCCUUUACCGGAAAGUUCUAAAACAAGUAGGUUUGGCACUUAUCAUCCUCAUUCGUAACCUUGUUUCAACAUUUUUCUUCAGGUACCCUAAACAACUAUGUAAUAAUUGGGCUGACCACUGGCUGCGUAUUAUUUCUCUUCGAUAUCCACGUGCACAUCCUUGAGUCCAUUGAGACCCCAACUAAACUAAAAUAUGUCAAUUCAUUGACUCUUUUUGUCAUUUCCAUCAUCGGAACUUUAGCUUUCAGUGGAAUUGUUGACUCCUCAUAUGCCCACAAGACUGUAUUCCGUGCCUGUCUUUCUUUAUCAACAUUAUCGGCCAGUUUCUUGUCAUUAAUGAGUCUGAUGACAUACAAACAAGCCCUGGCGAUCGGAUCCUUAUGUCUGAUGGCCUUUUGUUUGGUCAGUUUGAUUUCUGUUGGUCAUGAAAUGAUGAUUGAAAUGUCUUUUGGAAAUGGAACAACAUCUCCAUCUGCCUUUAUUUGGACCAUUUGCAAUGUGGUUCAACUGGGGAUGAUGUGUUUGUACGAGUUCUUCAAGGGUGUUUAUGAUGAUGACCAUAGUGUGCAAGGUAACGAAUAUAAAAUUUUUUCUAUUAAUCUGUAUUUCAGUCGUUCUUUGGACGGCAACUGCCAUUUUUGUCCUGACUUUCUUCUUGGCCAUCAUUGCCCUCAAAUUUGUCCCUCGACGCAAAUUCUACGAAGAUAAUGCGAACUCAACGAGGAUCCGAGAUAUUUUAAAUGGCGGGAUUCUGAGCUCAGAUGAAGUCAGAACCGUCUUGUAAUCGAUAUAAUAUUCAGAUAUACUUUUAAUAACGGUUAUUGAAAUAACAGAGAGUAAACAGACAUAUAAAAUAAGAUAGGAUUCAACUCGAAAUAAAUUUGUUCGAAAAAAUCGAUGCAAAAAAAAGACAAAGCGCCAAUUCCUGAGGGGAAAUACGCAGUCCUGAAUCUUGGAAGAAAAGUUUGGGCGGGAAAUAUUGAGGAAGUUGAGGGAAUUGGACACUCAAUUUUUUUAAACGUGCUUGAGGUUUUUAUGAAGCGAUAAUUCAAUUUAUACAUAGCUUAUGCAGAUGCUCAAUUUCUUAAAGCAGAAUGCAAAAAAAAACUUUACGUAACCAAUUCUGUGCGAGGCCCAUUGAAUCUCCAAAUUCACACCCAAAUCUCGUUUCUCCAGUCUCAAUUCAAUUAAAACACUUAAAUAUUUAAAUUGCGGGCCGUUUUCUGACAUCAGCUAUCUGCAAUUUGCUACUCCGGCUCUCUUUAGCCAUGCAAUGCUUUCCCAAGAAGUAACAUAAAUUUCAUGUGGAUUAUCAAAGCCUGAGAUUUUUUGUUAUGCCGUUCUUGCCGUGCGGCGGACGGUCUGGAGAUUUGAGAAUAAGUGUAAUCCACCCAUUUGAAAUGAUCUCCCCGAGUUGUUUCCUUCAGGCCCAACAGCAUUAACGCCUAAUCCGACGUUUUUUGUCUUCCUCCGCCACAAAAUUCUCUUUUCAGCCGGCCGUUUGAAAGCUCUUACAAUUUGUCUUCAGGCAUUUGGAUCGUCGUUGAAUUUGUUUGUUCAGUAAGUAAGUUGUAUCAGUAAGUUGGCAAAGGAAUAAAUUAACGUUUUAAGGAUCAGAUUCGUUGCGGAUGCCUCACCUUCAACGCUUAAAACAGUUUAUUCAUCAUCGACGGAAAAUCGAGCGGCGUUUGAUGACAUGGCUUCUAAUUUGUGGACUCGUUAUGAUCAUAUUUUAUGUUUUGUUGGUGGUCGGAACAGGUUUUUAUAUUCUCUACAGUCAAUUACUUUCGAGGAAUCCGGUACUCGAGAUUCGACAACAAUUUCGAUUGAAUGAAGACCCAGUUGUCCAGCUAUUAUCAGACGGUAUGGCUGCAGAGGAAGGAGAUGACGCAAAUCCAGAUGUUGCCGUUCAAAACAGACCCAUUGAUAUUGGCGUAAAUAGAAUGCUCAGGAUGAGGAGAUUGAUUAAUAGGGAGAGGGUGCGGAUUAAAAGGGAAAUCGUGACCGAUCUUCGGAAUGAAACAAUUAUUGGUGACAAAUCGAGGCCUAAAAGGACCACUUGUUCCGAGCAAGGUAAAUCUCUGCUUUCUGUUUCAUUUUAUUGCCAUUUCUCCAGCCCUUGGUCAUAUUCCCAAUAAUUCAACUGAUGCUGACGAUGUUUUCCCCGAUGAUCUUUUCACUUUCGAUCAACGUCGUCACGGAGCCAUCAUCUUCCAUUUCUGCGGCCUCUGUUAUAUGUUUGUGGCCUUGGCCAUCGUUUGCGAUGAGUAUUUCGUUCCGUCACUCGGGGUGUUAACGCAACAGGUAAUUGAAACACAAAAAGAAUUAAAUAUCGAACUAAUCUUCUAACUUUUUUCAAUUUGCAGCUCGGAAUCUCAGACGAUGUAGCGGGCGCUACCUUCAUGGCUGCUGGUGGUUCGGCCCCAGAGUUCUUCACCUCCUUAUUUGGGGUCUUCAUCACUCAAAAUAACGUCGGCGUGGGGACUAUUGUCGGCAGCGCCACCUUUAAUAUUCUUUGUGUCCUUGCCUUCUGUUGCCUUUUCUCGCGACAGAUAUUACAUUUGAAAUGGUGGCCAAUGUUCAGGUAAGUAUACACAGUUGCCACUUCCGCUUUACCAUCUUCCAGAUUUCUCAUAAAAAUACUCAAAUUAAUAACAAAUUUGUUUUAGAGACAUGUCGUUUUACGUGAUGGCUCUGUUCGCGUUGCUGAUAUUCUUCCGUGACGAACAGGUCGACUGGAUCGAGGCGUUCUUUCUCUUCUCCAUUUACAUUUGUUAUGGGGUUUUUAUGAAGUACAAUGAAUUCUUCGAACAAAUGAGUGGCCGACUGUUUUCUGGUCGCACAGCUGUCACACCGCAAGCCCAAUUGGUCAAGGUAAAUUCGCGAUUACGCUUGACUUGAAUUAAAAAUAUAUAACCAUCUCAAGCUUGAUAUUACUGUAGAUUGAACAAGAUAUUUCCAAUGGCCGUACUGCCAAUGAAGCCACAAGUACUGAGAACGGUCCCAAGGUUGAGAGAAACAUUCCUGUUCUCCAUUCCGGCGCCAUGUUUAGAACAGGCCUUAUGCAUAUGGCUCUAGAAGAUAUGGAGAUUGCAUCUGACACUUCUUCUUUACCAGGUGGAGGUAAAAAUAAGUCUGCCUUCAACAACGUUUAUUUUAGUCUCCACCUUCUCGAUCCCUCAUGACUCCCCUCCUAAACCAAGACUUGUUAAAACAAAGUCCCAACCAUCGAUUACACCAUUAAAAUUAAAAGCCGCAAGACUAGGCAAGUUAAUUUCAUACAAAUCAUUCACUCUCACGGGCAUAAAUAUUAAGUAAUCCAAGUGUAACAGAUGACAUAAAAUUAAUUGAGUGUUAAAUGGUUUAGCCCCAGCCCGUUCUCUGGCCGCAUCCGUCAUCGAACUGGACCGUGUGAGUAUGGCCUCAUCCGCUUGGUCCAACUCAACAGCUGUUGUGGAUUCGGCGGUUAUAAGUAACGGAAAUGGUAUGAAGAAAGACCGUGGAAGCAUCGCGAUGACAAAACAGAAGAGUAUUGAGACCGAAAUUGAACAGCCAGUCGAUAUAUCAUGGCCAAAUACCACCAAUAAACGGGUCAUGUAUAUUAUCUUGAUACCAAUCAUGAUCCCGUUGUAUUUUACGCUCGCGGACGUCAAGAAACCGGUAAUUUUAAAAGCAAAAUACAAUUUUCUAGUCUACUGUCUUUUUAAGGGCCUAAAUUUCUGACAGAAAACUUAUUCAUCUUCAGGGACGCGAAAGGUUCAUGAUUUGGACAUUCAGCGGAAGCAUUCUCUGGAUCGCACUUUACUCCUAUUUGAUGGUUUGGUGGGCGAAUACGAUUGGGUCAACGAUCGGGAUUCCAAAUGAAAUUAUGGGACUUACGAUCUUGGCGGCUGGAACUAGUAUUCCAGAUCUCAUUACAAGGUAAAAUACAAAAAAAGAAUUGCCUUAAGGUUGCUUUUUUAGUAUCAUCGUAGCACGAAAAGGGCUUGGUGAUAUGGCGGUGUCAAGUUCUAUCGGUUCAAAUCUCUUUGAUGUCUGUGUUGGGUAAGUUGCAAAUGUGAUUACCUCACUUGCAAUUUGCAAGAUUGAAAAAUAAUUUUGAUUUUCAGUCUCCCAAUCCCUUGGCUUAUGAAGUUUUCUUCUGAUUUUGUGUUCAAAUCCAGGACAGAAUCCAUUGCCGUCGUUUCAAACGGUCUUAUCUGUUCGGUUGGGAUGCUCUUCUCCAUGCUACUCAUCCUUUACCUAUCUGUUUGGGCAUUUGGAUGGAGGAUGAACAAGAAGUUUGGUUUCACCAUGAUCACUUCUUACGUCCUUAUGUGCAUAUUCAGUGUUCUCUUGGAGCUGGACAUCGUUCUAUGCCCUUUGAGAAGGCUGACUCAUCAUUGUUAG